GUCGGAGUGACACAUCUCUGUCAGGAAACGAUCUUGGUCCAGUCUCAUCGCGAGCUGCUCCGCGCAGACUCCCUGCAUCAUCAUCAUCAUCUUCCUCAUCCUCAUCAUCUUCAUCAUCCUCCUCACCAUCACCAGCACAGCACCGAGCGGCUCCUCUGCGGCUCCUCUGCGGACCUUCGAGCGGACCUAUGCGGACUGGAGCUUCGGCAGCAGCGGCCUGUCCUCGGUGAUUUCCCCGCUGGAUGUGAAGCUCAGAGCCGGGAGACAGCAUCUGUCCGUCGGUGUCCCUCCGUCUCCUUCUCCCGCAUCCCGCUGCCCUCAGCCUCAAAAUGGCGGACAUGAUGGAGCUGGGACCCGCCUACGCCAUGUCUCCGGUGCUGGCGGGCUUCCUGGGAGCUGGUGUUCUAGUGGUGGUCGUAGUGGUUCUGGUUCUUCUCUGGUCGUUCUGUCAGCGCCGUUACCUGCGUGUCACCGGGCGCUACAAGCUGCGUGGAGACCGUUACUGCGAUGCUGAGGACCCACCCUACAAGUUCAUUCACAUGCUGAAGGGCAUCAGCAUUUACCCAGAAUCCCUCAGCAGCAGCAAGAGGAUCGUUCGCAGCAUCCGCCAGGCUGACCGGUCCGACCGCGAUGGAGUGCGAGGCCCCACUGCUGCUUCCACGGCAGGGAGGGGCAUGGUGCUGGUGGACGCUGAGAACAACAUCCUGGAUGUGCCGGGGCAGCUCCAGAUGAGUCACCUGGUUCCCCCGGCCAGACAGGGUCCUGGCCAUGGACAGGACCAGCUGGAGCGGGCGCUGCCAGUCCGCGCCGACUACUGCUGCCUGGACAGUAGCUCAGCCAGCAGCUCAGCCAGCAGCAAGACGGCGUCCCCCUUCACCCCCGCCUCCUCUGAGCCAGAGCCGGAGCCAAGCCUCGGCUCCAUCAGCCUCACCGUCGACUACAACUUCCCCAAGAAGGCCCUGGUGGUGACCAUCGUGGGGGCCCGGGGCCUCCCCGCCAUGGACGAGCAGGCGGGCAGCUCGGACCCCUAUGUGAAGAUGACCAUCCUGCCGGAGAAGAAGCACCGUGUCAAGACCCGCGUGCUGAGGAAAACCCUGGACCCGCUUUUCGAUGAGACCUUCACCUUCUACGGCGUGGCGUACAGCUCGCUGCCCGAGCUCAACCUGCACUUUCUGGUCCUCAGUUUCGACCGGUUCGCCCGUGACGAUGUCAUCGGGGAGGCGGUGGUGCCGCUGAAGGGCGUGGACCCGAGCACAGGCCGAGUCCACCUGAGCCAGCAGAUCAGCAAGAGGAACAUGCAGUGUGAGAGUCGUGGUGAGCUGCUGGCGUCUCUGUCCUACCAACCUGUGUCUCAUCGUCUCAGCGUCGUCGUCCUUAAGGCGCGGCACCUCCCCAAGAUGGACAUCACCGGGCUGUCAGCGAACCCCUACGUGAAGGUGAACGUUUUCUACGGACGUAAGCGAAUCGCCAAGAAGAAGACCCACGUGAAGAAGGGCACGCUGAACCCGGUCUUCAACGAGUCCUUCAUCUACGACAUUCCGCCCGAGCUGCUGCCAGAGAUCUCCAUCGAAUUCCUGGUGGUCGAUUUCGACCGAACCACCAAGAACGAGGUGCUUGGCCGCCUGCUGCUCGGCCUCCACAGCCCCUCCCCCUCUGGCCCGGCCCACUGGAGGGAGGUGUGUGAAAACCCCCGACGUCAAAUCUCCAAAUGGCACAACCUCAGCCAGUACUGAGGGGCGGAGCUUCACAGUCCAGCUGACAGUGGCCGCCAGCUUGGACUGAACCAGUGAACAGCACUGGAUAUACAGACUGUCUGUACAGCACACACACAUAAAACCACACAUAUACACACACACGUACAUAUACACGCAUAUAUACAUACACAUAUACACACACAUAUAUACACACACACAUAUAUAUAUAUAUACAUAUAUAUGUAUAU